CCGCCCCGCCUCGGCGGAGUCGCCGAUAAAACCCGGCGCCGGCCGGCCGCCAGCUGUUGGUCGCAUCCAUUCCACCCUGCCGCCAGCCACAGAUGAGUACUGCUCCUUGAUUUCCUCUCCUCGCCCUGCUCGCACCCAGUUGGCUAGAAGCCGAGGAUUCGUCCGUCGAUAAACCUGUACCGACCGGCCGUCUGCCAUGGCUUCGGAGCCGGUGAUCGGGAAGCUCAGCGUCCGCGUUGUCCGAGGCCACAACCUCAUCGUUGCCGACCCACUCACGCACACCAGCGACCCCUACGUCGUCCUCUGCUACGGCUCCCAGAAGGUGAAGACUAGCGUUCAGAAGAAAAAUGUCAAUCCUCUAUGGAAUGACGUAUUGGUGCUCCCUGUCACAGAUCUUACAAAGCCAGUCAAACUUGAGGUUUUUGAUGCGGACACAUUCACAGCGGAUGACAGCAUGGGAGUGGCAGAGUUCACCGUAACUGAUAUCUAUGACGCCGCGAAGCUGGAUCUAAAGCAUGCCUCUGAUGGAACCAGGAUCAAGACGAUCUACCCGGUUGGCACAAACUACCUUGGCGGCGAGAGCCACGUGUCGUGGAAGAAUGGCAAGGUCGUCCAAGACUUGAUUCUGAAGCUGAAGAACGUCGGCAGUGGCUCUGUCGUGCUGCAGCUGGAAUGGGUCCAUGUCCCUGGUGUUGCGCUUUAAGCUGAGCCCGACUGAGUGUUAUUGCAACCUUGUUUGACGAAGCUGCAGCUAUGGUUGAUUCAUGUUCCUUGUGUCAGAUUUGGUAGCAAUUUGUGGAUGUUGUGGUUUGCAGUGCAUGUGGUGUGUGUGCGCAUUAUUGACUUCAGCUGUGCACUGUAUUUGUAGUACUGUGGUUGUGAUGCUUGUGCUUGAAGUCGAACAAAUAAGAGAUACCGUUUGUGGUCA